ACAGGAAAGACUACAGUUCCCAGCCGGCCAUUCGGCUGCACACAUGUGGCGGAGAGCUGCGGACAAACAGACAGACAGACAGCAGCAUGUCUGUGUUUAUGGAUUUAAACCUGAGCUUCACGGCGGAGAGGAGCAGAUUGAGGAGCUUGAUAGAGACCGCGGCUCACCUUGGUUUCUCCACAGUCGCCAUCAACUACGUCCAUGAACCCACAACCAAGAAGAAACAGGAAGUCCCCACCCCGACACCGAUCAAUGAGCUGAUCGAUCAGCUGCCAAUUGUUCAGGGUCGCUCUCGUCCAAUCAGAGUGCUGAACAGACUGACGGUGGUGAUGUCAGAGUCCAGUUACUUUAGGCCAGCUGAUCCAGCAUAUCGUAGCUUCGACCUCCUCGCCAUCUCUCCGGCCACAGAGAAACUCUUCCAUGCUGCCUGUAUGUCGUAUGACAUCGACAUCAUCUGUGUCCCAGUCACUGAGAAACUGCCCUUCACCCUGAAGAGGGCGCCAGUCAACGGGGCUGUAGAUAGAGGUGUUGUGUUCGAGGUCUCAUACUCUGCGGCCAUCAGAGACUCCACUAUGAGACGUUACACCAUUGCUAACGCCAACAGUCUGAUGGAGAGCUGUAAAGGCAAGGGUGUGAUCCUGUCCAGUGCUGCUGAGAAGGCUCUGGAGCUCAGAGGUCCAUACGAUCUCACCAACCUAGGUUUGUUGUUCGGUUUGUCGGACAAAGACGCAAAAGAAGCCGUUUCCUCCACCUGUCGAUCAGUUCUACUACACGCAGAGUCCAGGAGGACAGCCAACGGGAUCAUCUAUACCACAAAGAGCUGCAGUGACUCGUCCUGCCAGCAGGAGGCUCCAGACUCUGAACUCUGUGACGCUCCUGCUGCCAAGAGACUCAGACCUCCCCCCCGAGUGACUGACAGCUGAGGUGGGCGGGACAUCUGGAGACAAAAACAAAAAGAGUUGAUGAUGAGUGAUUUUCAGUUGUUUCUCCUGUGAACAGACACAAAGUCGGCCGUCUGUUUUAAUUUGAUGUUUUUGUUCUGAAUAAAAAGUUUGAUUUGAUUUGAAA